CGGCGGGUCCCCGCUCCGCGACAAGCAUGGCAAGGUCCACACGCUCCGAGUAUGUCCCGACCGAGGGCCCAGUGGGCUUGCCCAAUCUCAUUGCGAGGUUGAUGUUUCGUCGAGUCAUGCGGGUCAGAAGGGUGUAGAUGCGUUGGGCAGUGGACAGUCCUCAGUACGGGACCAAGCCCCACCCAUCGCCACCUCCGCCGAACCAGCAGCCCUCACCCCGCCCUUCCAAACCACCCUCCUCAACCGCUUCGAAGGCUCUGAAUCCCUCGAGUCCCGCAAAAGAAACGAAGCCGCCGUCGAAUAUCAAGCAGCGCUCCGCCAGCAGAUUGCAGAGAAGAAGGAUCGGGACAAGAAGGCGAAGAUGAAGGCGGACGAGGAGGAUCGAAGGAUGAUGGAGAAGUAUGAGGCGGAGGUGAGGGAGCAGAUGAAGGGGCCGAGUGAAGUGAAGGAGGUGAAUCACGGAAGGGGGAAGGGUGCGCAGCCUGGCGGGGCGAUUUCGGCUUUACAGAAGAUGAAUGUGGGGGAGACGGUGGGACCGCUGAAAGGGCAGCAGAUCCACAGCGCGGUAAAGACGGCGACGGCAUCAAAGCUGACACCACUAAUGCAGCCGAAACCGCCACCCACAAACGCCCCGCGCUCACUCGCCGCCGACGGCACAAGCCGGAUACCCCGGCUGCGCCGCGUAAAACCCACCCCAGAAAAGAUCGGCACGCCAAAUCGGGCUGGAAGGCAACAAUGCACCGACCCACCAAUUGUACUCCGCACGCAACCCACACCCGCCCAACCAGGACCGCUCUCAAUAGGAUCAGCUCGAAAACCCGUUCCUUCGACAUCGACUGUAAAACCCAACAACCGCCUCCCGCCCCUUCGCCAAUGCAGUCCGCAACCGCCCGCUGCACCUACCCCGCAUGUAUUCACCGGCCGGCGUGGGUUGAAGGUCGCUGCGGCUGAUGAAGCACCGAAUGGGCAAGCUGAUGGUGGUGCUGAGAUGCCCACGAGGAGGGCGAGGGAGGAGAGAGGGGAGGAUAGGGAAAACGGCGCAGCGGAGGCAGUCUCUCGUCCAGCCGAAAAAGCUCAGGCGGUAAAAUCUGUGAGGAGUGGUAGUCCACCUCAGAGCGACCUUCCGGCGCUUCAGCAGCGCCGAUCACCGGCCAAACCACCAGCACCAGCACCAGCUCCACCAUCCCCACCGCUAAGACCAGCAACGCACAAGCCUACGCCCGCCCCAGUCCCAACCUCAUCAAAACAAGCAAAGCCUAGCGAUCCACCACCAGACUCACCCGCCGAACAAGACGAAUCCGUCACAGCCUGGCUUUUAACGCUCCGCUCCGCGCCAGGUUCGACACAUCACAAUCAACAGCCGCUACAAUAUCAACAUCAACAUCAACAGCAACAUCAACAUCAACAUCAACAUCAACAGCAACAGCAACAACACAGGAUCAAGGCAUCCAUCCACACCAGACGAACCAGUAACGCCUUCUCCCACGCCGAUAGGGACCCGCGGCCAGGUAUUCCAACGACAAGGGUAACGGGUGGCGGGAUGGAGAGGCGGGUGCCUGAGCAGAAACAUACCCAAGAAAGGCGUAGUGAACCGGACAUGUCGGCCGCGCUGGUCCAGCUACGACGGUUCUCGACGAUGCUUAUGGACGAGCAGCGCAAGUUGGCGGAUGAUAUGAGGGAUGAUAUUUGUACAUAGUGUGUUCUUGGUUAUCGACGCAAUCGUCAAACGGCACACCAUUCACAGCACAUCUCUCCUCCUCCGCGUCCUCCUCACACCCCCUCCCAUCGGCUCACCACCCACCAACCCCAACACCUCAACACACAUUUUAUAUUUCUUCCUUUGUUUUGUGGUGCUCAAAAGAGCUUCGGCGUCACCCGGAGGUAGUGCAAUACCGGGAACACCAGUGCCAGGGCCAUGAGCAAGCCCAUAGUGACCCGGCGAGGUUCAAAAUUCCAGUUGAUAUUAUCCAAUUGCAAUGCAGUCGCGUUUAGAUAUCAAUCUGAACAGAACACAUACAAUCAUUCUUGAUUGUCAUCGUGU